AUGAAUAGUAGCAAACUAAUAAAAACUUAGUCAGAACAAUAAACCAAUGGUGAAGAUGAAUCCACAAGACAUUUAAACGAUAUAAUAGGUUUAAAACCUACUUAAAUCUAAUAACUUCCUUCUUACUCAAUCAAUUUUAGAAGUCUAAGACAAAGGUAUGGAUUAAUUUAAGAUUAAUAUCCAUUACCACUUAAAUUUGAAUAAUUAUUAUAAACUAUGAAAACAAUAGAAUAGACAUAUUGGAAAAAGAAAAAGCCAAUUAUUUAUGAAAUUAAAACAAAUGCAUUCAAAAUCUUAUAAAUUGGAUAAUUAUUAAAACUUGAUUAAGAACUUUAUUAGAUUAAAAUUGUUGAAAAAUCUGUGCAAAUCAUUCCUAAUGAUAUACCAAUAGAAAAUUUGCCUUCAUUUCAACCUUUUGCUUAAUAAUUGCCUUCAAUCUUUGAAAAUCGAAUAACUAGUAUCAGAAAUAAAUUAGAUAAAUUAGUAUAAUAAGUUCAUGAAAAAUAUUUAGAUGUUAUAAAUCAAUCAGAUUUUAAAGAACAAUCAACAAAAUUCAAAGUAUAUUAUCCUACAUUUGACUUAAAUUUAGUCCCUGACAUCAUUCCAUAAUAAUUACCAUUUUAAAUUUAUUCAGAAGAACAAAGAAUUUAAUUGCAACAAAUAAUUGAGAAUACAAUUCAAUAUUUUAAUAAGAGAACAGUCUCUUUUAUGUUCUAUCCAAAUCUAAUUAAUUAUUUAUUAACAAAAAUAGAAAUGAAUAAAGAUCAAAUGGAAAAAUAUAUUUAAUUUUUGAUGAAGGUUUAACCUGAUUUUUUAUAGAUUACAAAUUAAAAGAAGGAAUAACUAAAAGCAAAAUGGAUAAUCUAAAUUAAUAAAUUAAGUACUGUAGAAAAUUAAAUUCAAUAAUUGAAAACUUAUUUUUAUUGA